UUGGGCCAAAAUUCAUAUUCGGGACCUUCAAAUGUUUGGCGCUGCGGACUUGGAUAUCAGAAAAAUGAAAUAUAACAUAUUGUGGGGCAUCUUGGAAUACGACGUGCGUUUCACCAGAUUCUUCAUCAGAAUAGGUCAUGCUGACGUCAGAGUCAAGUAUGGUGAUACUGAGAUAGCCGGAACCGUCCGCGGAAACAUGGAGUUCGUUGCCGUCGGCGUAGGCGGAACUGCUCAUAUGUGGUACGAUUACCAAGGAAUAGCCCACAUCAAGACUAUCAACCCUGAGCUCAGAUCUGAAAGCAUCAGAUCGGACGUGAAAGUCGUUGGAUCUCGCGAUUACAGCGAUCAGGUCAACAACUUCUUCAACUACGAAAUUCUGCCUCUAUAUGAAAAGUACCAGCAUGAAGUAAACACCAUGCUUGGACAGGUCAUCAUCUGGGGUGUUGACUGGAUCAGGAGCAUACGUUGAUUUUAAAACAGUAGAAAAGCCAGGUCUAUCCACAUAUAUUAUUGUAGAUAAUCUUUUUAUCAUAAAAAUGGAACCGACUUCAAGAUGUAUUUCAGUUAUAUUGAUUUUCAUACAAAAUUACUAAACAGAAAUAGAACUAAUCUGGAUGUACAAGUUCAAACAAAAAAAAUAUUUUCCAAAUUGUAUAUUAAAUGACGAAGUUUUGAAGUCGGUUUAAUCUGCCACCCUUAACUGAGCACAACUGUAUUACUCUGAUAUAUUUGAAUAGACCUUACAACCCUGUUUCAACAUUGUGUUAUAAAAUUCAAGUGGAAGAUUGUUAACUCUAUUUAUAUUACGUUAACAUAUCAAUAAAUCACUUU